CACCCUAGAGUAAAAACGGAUAUUGUAUUAGUUGUGUAUGCUUACAAAUAUACCCGCUAGAAAGCACUGGAUAGAAACAAUUAUAUUCAUUUUAAGAAUUUAAACAAAGUGCGUAAGUCAAUAAGUAUAUAAUACAUCACGUUUUCAAUAACGUGAAAUUUAAGCAUCGUUGUGAUGAAUUCGGCGAACAUCAUUGGCUGAGAUAAAACCAUAUAAAGUGCCAGAAAGUGUGUUUCAGAUGUUAUCUAUCUGGAGUCCAACCAAAUACAUGUCACAACAGUAGGGUCUGGACAAAGCUCUAACGCCGACAAAGGAUGACGAUCCUCUCCUGCUUUCCGUCCUCGCAUGGGAAAUUCUUUUCUAACGAACUAUCCCUUAAAGGAAGACUGAGGCGUAUAUUCUACAGAAAACCAUCUACACGUCUAGGAUUUAGAUUGUUUGACCUCGCUGUGACCUUUACCCUAUGUUUGGUGUAUGUCAUCAGAGUAGAGUUGGAUGACUACAUUAGCUACCAAUGUGGAGGGAUACACUGCUCAGUGUCCACCGUACAGCUACCCAAGGACACGGACAGAAUGGCAUUUUCAUCCAACGCCAUCAACUGGUAUCUCUUGCUGUGGGUCCGGCGACCGUUCGUACUGUGGGUUACACAGAUUACACUGUCAUGCUUAUGGUUUCUCAGAGGAAUACUUAGCCUGUACAUCACUCCUCAGGGUACCCGUUUUCGUAAGUUUUCGCACGAAGGCCUCCUUUUGGAUUGGAUAUGCACUCUUCCCUACCUGCUGACAUUCAUUCCAGCCCUAGGAAAUCUGUUCCUGCCCGGAUUCUUGGCCUGCUGGAUUGUCCGUCGUGUUGUUCAUAAUCUACUUAUUGACCUUCACCUCACAAAGCAACGCUGUCAAACACUCUCUGUGACCUUGACCCAUCAAAUGACACUUCUUCUUAUCACGCUAUCAAGCCUGAUAUUCACAACGAUGUGUGGCAUACAACACAUACAGAGGGGAAGCAGUGGAGCAGAACUUACCAUGUUCGAGGCCUUUUACUUCGUGAUCGUGACCUUCAGCACGGUCGGUUACGGUGACAUUUCCCCGGACACCUGGCUUGGACAACUUUUUAUGACCUUAAUGAUCGGUGUGGCUUUCGCCUUCAUACCAAGACAGGUAGAGGGAGUAACGUCAGCACUCAAGGAGAUGCGCAAGACAGGCGGUGAAUACAAUCAGCAUAAAGUACAAGGAAAUCGGCACGUGGUUUUAUGUACUCCCCGUAUAUCAGCGGAAGGUGUACUCAACUUCCUCAUAGAGUUCUAUGCUCACCCCCAAAACGAGGAUCAUACGGUGGUACUUAUGAGCUCUGAGCAGAGAGACACAAGCUUACAGAUACUCCUGAAGGAUCCAAAGUGGGCACAUCGCGUCAUCUACAUGCAAGGAUCUGCGCUCAAUGAUGCUGAUCUCCAGAGAUGCAGAUUGGCCGACGCGGAUGCCUGCUUUAUCCUACAACCGUCAGAGAUUGACAAUACACAUCAAUCUGACCAGUUGAUUCUCAUGCAUUACUGGGCGGUUAGGGACUUUGCGCCACACUGUCAGAUGUACGUACAACUUCACCAUCUGGAGAAUAAAAUGCACGUUAAUAAAGCAGAUCACGUGGUAUGCGCAGAUGAACUGAAGUUUGCCAUUUUAGCCAACAACUGUCUAAACCCCGGCUUGUCCACGAUGCUCACCCUGUUGAUGCAUUCCACUACUGUUGAGACAGCGUCUAUCGGAACAGAACCAUGGCAACGGCUUUAUGCUAGUCAUUCCAGCCACACCCUAUAUCACAUACAACUAAACCAGAGUAAGAUCUUUGGACGUUAUCGAGGUUGGAGCUUCACUCUCGCCUCAGCUGAUGCACAUAAAAGGUACGGAGUGGGCUUAUUGGCGGUACAGGACCGAACCAGACACGAGUCCCCGCUGCAACUCAAUCCAGGAGACGGAUACAAACUACGGGACUUCGAUUGCUUGUUUUAUAUGGCAGAUGUUCCAGAUGAGCAUGCGGCUGUGAUGUCAUGGUCUCGAUUUGAUUCUACCAACAGAGAAAACAAUAAUGCAGAAAAUGGUAUUCGAACUACAGGUAAUUUAUGGGACACGAACGAUAACUCACGCCAGCCAGUGAUGGAUAUCUCGUACAGGGAACGAGAGCCUGGUAUUGUGUCGUCUCCUUGGGAAGUAGGAUUACAAGAUCACCGUCUCCAAAGUACGAACGAGGAUGUAAGUUCGUCUUCAGAAGACAGCACCACUGUUGGUCCGCCCCCAUCGUCGCUGUGUUCCAGUAACCCCUCCAUUACAUGUCACGUGAUGAAGGCUAGACGACCAGACUGCUGUUUAGAGUGGGGCAAGGAUUGUGGUCAUUGUGCUUACAAAAACGCCCGUCACGACCUUAAUGGUAAUCAGCUGGUCAUCCUUGCAGCCGAAGAAGAGAGUGUAGGGAUGGUCAACUUCUUCGUCCCUCUCCGCUCACACGUCAUUGAAAAGGACGAUAUUAGACCAAUCGUUCUUCUCCUGCAAAAAAGACCAAGUGAUGUCUUCCUACAAACAAUAGCACAUUUUCCGCUUAUAUUCUGGAUAGAGGGAAGUGUUACAAGUGUUGACGACCUUAUUAGAUCUGGAAUCCACAAAGCGGAACACCUGGUGGUGACUAACAUGCAAUCCUCUGUCGUUACCGACUCGGACACGCUGGUUGCCGUCCAGACAAUCGAGAGGAUGUUCCCAAACACCAACAUUAUAACUGAACUGAAUCAAGCUUCCAACAUUCGGUUCAUGAAUAGUCCUGUGCCGGAGACAGUCAUUCGUACAGUGGCCAGACUAGAGGAGAGACUUCGAGCAAACAUGAGUUCUACGUUACCCCACCUCUUCCGCCAGCCUUUUGCCGCCGGUAAAGUGUUCAGUGCAUCUAUGCUCGACAGUCUACUGUACCAGACGUUUGUAAAACGCUACCUGAUCACAUUUGUUCGUCUCCUGAUUGGGAUUGACGCUGAAAACAACACGGGCCAUUUAUCAAGCAUACGAGUGAACGGCAUGACAUUCUCUUCCUACACUACGUUUGGGGAACUGUACUAUGGGCUGGCGUCCACAACAGGGGAAAUCCCGUUGGCUAUCUAUCGAACGGAGAAACCCGUAACUGGCUCUAUGGUUAAAAAGCAGCAACAAGGACAGAACGGCCAUCACGUGGGUCAGUUCGGCAACACAUGUGACACAUGUGACACACGUGACUAUGUGUGUAAUAGGCUCAGCAGCCUCGGUAUGGACACGGAGGCAUACGUUUCUGGAUUGGAUCAAGGAAGCAGCACCGCAAUCUCAUUCGUGGUCCUAAACCCUACCCCAGAGACCAAACUAAUUGACGGAGAUCUCGUGUAUAUUAUCAAACCUGGCAGCUUCUUGGGCCAUCCUCCUCCAUCAGUCCACACACAGGUCACGUCACUUCAGACAGGUCAGGAAGUCCAUGUCUGACGACUCUCAACCAACAAAAUGGAUGUCGAUGAUAGAAGUCGUCAGACCUUUCUGCAAAGUUGACUUUAAAUAUCGUUCACACCGUAAAUGGAGCCCAUUACGAGAGUGAUUAGUGAAUAUGUUUACAUAGGUUCGUCUCGGUGUAUGUGUUUAGUAACACUGAUCAUUGGAACACUUCAUGUGUGAACUUCGUGACGUCAUUGGAGUCUGACUGACGUACUAACUGGUGCGUUUAGAUAGGGUUUGUAAAUGAACUGUUAAAUACAUUCCUUACUUGUUUAUUAUAAUAUGUAUGUAGAUUAGUCGGAACGACUAUGAGAAAUUCAAUAUAGAUUAAAAUAUUCGGUAUUGAUGUCAAUUUGGAUAAGUCUCUAAAAAUUAAGAUAGCUAAAACCAGUUUCUUAGAUCCAUAUGGCUAAGCUAUAAGUAACCCUUUAUUUGUAGAAUGCUAUCUCGCCUCUAAAUUGUAGUCACCUAACAAUUAAAUAAAGAUCAAAUGCGCAUUUUCUUUUCACGUAUUUAAAAUAUUUCCAUGACAUUUAUUUGACACCAGAAAAUCCAUUUGUCUUGCGUACUUUUUUCCUUAAUUUUUAUUUUCUCUUCCAAAACCGCUACAAUACGUAAGAUUAUAAAUAAAUCGUCUACCUUAUGAUAAACAGCCAACAACAAAGUGACUUACAAUGACACUCAAAAUACCUGUCGAAAAAUAAGAGUUAUCUCGCUUUAUUUAGAUCGUGUACAACGCAGCAAGAUGCUAAUAAACAAAUAAAAAUCCUUA